AUGGCGGUAUCUGCAUACGAGAAGCUGGACCGGCCUAACGAUGACACCUCCGGGUCAGAAGGUGAACAUUAUGUCUCAAGAACGUCGGAGGAUGUGCGGCAACACGAUCGGGAGACGCUUAACGCUGAGGAGGAGGCGGAGCGGCUAUUAGUCGGCGAUGGCUCAGGAAAGUCGCAAUGGGGGAGGAAGAAGGAACAGAGAAAGGACAGGCGACGGCAGAAGGGCAGAGGCGGCGAAGAAGCAGAGAAGAGGGAGCUGAUGUAUGAGAUGGAGGAGGGCGGCCCGAGGAAUAGCAGUACAGAAAGUAUAGGCAGCUCGAGCGAGGGUGACAUGCAGCGGUUGGGCGAGGUGCAGUCACGGAGGAAGACCAGUCGCACCAAACGCUGGACUGCAAUCUCUCUGAUCCACGUUGUCAUUAUUGCUGCCUUUCUCGCACUACUCUAUGGAGCCUAUCGGGCGACUCAGACCUCGACCAACAGUCACCCAUCCACUUCAAUCGCCCAGACACUGUUUAAUGGAACCCACACCUUCGCGCCCACGACCAUUUUCCUAUCCCUCGACGGCUUCCGCGCCGACUUCCUCAAUCGUGGUCUCACCCCAACCUUGAACGCCUUCAUGCGCACCGGUGUCUCUCCGGAAUACAUGAAUCCAUCCUUUCCUUCUCUCACCUUUCCGAACCAUUUCACGCUUGUUACCGGCCUUCAUCCGGAGUCUCAUGGAAUCGUAGGCAACACUUUCUGGGAUCCAACCACCGAGAAGGAAUUCUAUUACACGGAUCCUGCCAGGAGCAUGACCCCGGAAUGGUGGAAUGCUGAGCCCAUCUGGGUCACUGCCGAGCAGCAGAACGUGCGGUCUGCAAUCCACAUGUGGCCCGGUAGCGAAGCGCAUAUUGCGGGAGUAGAGCCCGAGUAUGUCGAUGAGUUUGACGCGGACGAAAAGUUGGGACGGAAAGUGGACAGGAUCUUGCAUUGGCUCGACAUGCCGGGUGACCAAGAUGUCGAGCACAGUGGAAGUGGGAAGGCUAAACAGAAGCGGCCACAGCUCAUCGCAGCUUACACGCCCAAUGUAGACGCGGACGGCCACAAGUAUGGACCGAACAGCACUUACAUCCGCUCCACGAUCGCUGAAGUCGACGGCAUGCUUGGUGCCCUCUUCAAAGGCAUCGAUGAACGGAACCUGACGAACAUCGUCAACAUCAUCGUCGUCUCCGAUCACGGCAUGGCUACGACCUCGACCAACCGGCUCGUCCAGCUUGAAGAUCUCGUUGACACGAGCCUGAUCGAGCACACCGACGGCUGGCCGCUCUACGGUCUACGGCCCUACAAGCGCGACGAUGCCCAACUCAUCGAGCUUUACAACCAGCUCUUCGCCAAGUCCAAGCUACCCAAAUAUCGAGAUGCCUUUGAUGUCUACCUCCGUGACAAGAACAUGCCCGAACGCUAUCAUUUCCACACAAACCCACGCAUCGCUCCACUUUGGAUCAUUCCCAAGGCUGGCUGGGCUAUUGUCACCAAGGACGAAUUCGACAUUGCUGCUGCGAAGAAGCAUGACGAUGUCUAUCACCCUCGAGGACUGCAUGGCUACGACCACGAACACCCACUCAUGCGAGCGAUCUUUGUGGCUCGAGGUCCGGCAUUCCCUCAUCCAGAAGGCAGCAAAGUGCGCGCUUUCCAGAAUACAGAAGUGUACAACAUUGUUUGUGAUUCUCUUGGUAUUGAGCCGCAGCCCAACAACGGCACGCUGAGGCUGCCAUUUACGACGGAAGGGAAGCAUGACUUCAUUUCCGUGCCGGAAGAAGUCGACGACCUUCCGGCUGACGAGACUGACGACGACGAAGAUACGAGCGACGGUGCACCGCCACCAGAAGUCCCAAACCUGAACAACCCAACACCACCCCAUCUAGGUUCGCCUUCGCCUCCUGAAGCGACUAAGCUCGGCCCAAUCGAGGCCUUUCAGCCAAUACCGCCUGAUGUGCCAGCGAGGCCAACAACACCCGAGCGACCAGAGAAGCCUGAGCGGCCUGUUGUUCAUGAUGGCGGUGAUCCAGAUGCAGAAGACGCAAAGGGCUGGUGGGAGUGGGUGAAGCAAGAACUCGAGAAGCUGAAGGGGUUGGCGAAGGAUAAGUUUGGGCAUAAGGAUGAUGGGAAGGAGAAGAGCGAUGGCAAGAAGAAGAACAUGGAAGAGAAGGAAGGGAAAAGUGGUAACGGGUGA